AGACCCAUACAUUAGUCAUACGUAAUGCCAUAUCUGAGCCGUUUAUUCAAUUGGUCAGUUGCGAAGAGCUCUCUCGUUCAGCUGAGCUCAUGGAUGACGCGCAAGUUGAUUUCAGUUGGUUUUCGGUUGUUUAUACGUUCGGUUGUGUCUCGAGCAACCAUCUCCAUGGCAACGGCUAUACAAGUUUCUGUUCGAGCUGCAAAUAUUUGUCACGGACUGUGAAAAACAACUGAAUUGUAUAUUUUGACAUUCGCAAACGCAUCGACGUGGAACCGCAUUGAAUACUUAACAAUGGCUCAACUGGAGGGGCGAGUCAUCGAAACGGAGAUGAAAGCCAUGGAUGCCAAUCGCUAUGCGACCAAAAAAACUAUAGCCCAGGGCAUGCUGGAUAUAGCCUUGCUGACGGCGAACGCAUCCCAGCUGAAAUAUAUACUUCAGGUCGGGGAACAGCAUCAGUUCUACAAGCUAAUGCUCAUACUCAUAAGCUUGUCAAUCGUAAUGCAGAUACUGUCGGGCGUAUUAAGCCUGUCGCUCAGUUUAUUGCGGGAUUGCCGAAUGCAUCAGCCAGAGUUCCAUCAAUCGGCCAAUGUGAUCAAUCAUGUGCGCACAGGUUUUGCGUUUUUUACCACAAUGAUAAAUCUUUUCAUAUCGGCCUUUGAUAGUCGCCUGCCCCCGCCACAGGGCAAUCUUCUGAACGAUGUCAAUUAAAUUUGUAUAUCUAGAGUUAACGAAACUAUAUCAAAUUAAUAACAGAUCCCAUCCGUUGAGCGAUGUGUGCUGAAAAAUGUGGGAAAAUUCGUUGCUCUCUAAAAACAAUCUCAAUUUUAAUUUCAACAGCUAUUGGUCGGUAUUAUGUUUGUGGCCAUCGGCAGUCUGAAUAUUAACAAGCAGCAAGACCAGACGGCAGCCAUAAUAUUGA